AAGAAAAACGAAAUUCACAAAGAUGAUGAUGUCGGCGACAGCGAAGGUGAUGCACGGGAGAGUGUUGCUUCCGUCACACCGGGAGCGUCGGACAAUCUCAACUGGAUCGGAGAUUUUACGUCUAAGAGAAACAGUACCGAAGCGAUUUAGGCUGAUGAUGGUGACUACGGCGACGGCAAAGUAUAAGGGGACGAAGAUGAGGGAGGAGAAGCUAUCGGAGAUGAUAGAGGAGAAAGUGAAGGAAGCGACGGAGGUUUGCGAGGCGGAAGAGAGAUCGGAGGAGUGUAGAGUCGCGUGGGACGAAGUUGAAGAGGUGAGUCAAGCCAGAGCAGAUCUGAGGGUCAAGCUGAAGCUACUGAAUCAGGAUCCAUUAGAAAGUUUCUGCCAGGAGAAUCCAGAGACCGACGAGUGUCGAAUCUACGAAGACUAAUUUUAGAAUUUCGUGUUUUUAAUGAUUGUAGCUAAUCUAAUAACCAGAGGACUUAGAACAGACAGAUUCUGAUUAAUGAUUAUUAAAUCUCUCAAUCAUCCAAAAACGUUGUUCAUGAUUGUGUUUUGAAUGCUUUGGAAUGAAACGGCGCG